UUGCGUGUGUCAUACGGUAAUCUCAUUGGCUGUCAGGAAGCUUUAAUCGCCACUUGCGGAUGACGAGAGCAUGCGGCUUCCAGACGCUUUGCUGGAAUGCUAGCCGAGAAGAAACACAUUUGCACUGCUGAGAUUACCUUCGAAGAAUACAAUAUAUACAGCAAGCAUCCACUUUACAGAAUUGUGAAAGAAUUCAUAAUCCGAACUACAGUUGGUAUGUAUUGAACUAUUUACUGUUAUGAGUAUCGGAAUAUCGAUGGCUUUGGCCAUUUAAACGAGUUGAGCGGGAAGCCGAAGAUUUGUCGCGGGAAGGCUUCAGCCUUCGCGGUUUUAUAAUUGCCAUUUGCGACUACAAAGUUUCUUGUGGGAAAUAUAUAUGUCGCCUUUAAUGAUUUUUGAUUGAAAUAUAUAUAGUAAGGAUCUUUAAAGCGUGUACCACAGUAUUAAACGUUUUGCCUGCUGAAUUGCUGGACGAGAACCGCUACGCGCUAGCGGGCGGCUUGUGCUGUCGUCGUUCGCAUGACUUGCACCGGCCCCGCUGGUAAGCAAAGGCCGUGAAAGUCUAAUAAUUCUGGUUGAUAUGCUGGCUAAGUCUCGAAUAGCCUACAUGUUCGCCCAAACUCUAAGUGUGUAUUGUAGCAGCUACUUGUCUAUGUCUCCUGUGUUUAAAGCGCGUUUAAAUCGAGUAACAAUAACUGAAAAAGGUUGCUCGGGAAACCCUUUGUGUGUUUACUUAAAUAUAGCCGCUUCGUCCCGCUCGCUUGCAACCUCGCUACGCGCAUAUCCAGCUUCUCUUCACGUGCAUAGAAUUUCAAAAUUCUUUUCGUUUAUCUAAUACUACUACCAAAUUUCUGUAAAACCAUGUUAUUUUAAGGUCAUUUGUAAGGAUUUUUAAAAGAAACACACUUUUAUGAAAUAUUGUAUGAAGGCCCUGCGGCUUGUGAAAAUAUGAGAUGGUCAGCUAGGAUAUAUCAUAUCAUCACCACUAAUUGUUGGGUGUCAGUAUCAAUGGCUGAGACGUCCUGCAUGUAUGGUUAAUACCAAUAAGCAUGCAAUGCAGACAUGCUGAAGAUACCUAACUACCCACAGACAAAUUUAAAAAAGUAUUGUAGCAAUGUAGGGCAGUUCACCUUUCUGCUUUGUGCCCUACUACAUGCUUGUCGUAUAGAAUGUAUGUCUGGGCAGAUGCCAAAAAGAUAUAAUGAAGUAUUCCAUUAUUUAUUGUGUGAUAAAUUUUAGAAUAGUCACUGGAAAAGUAUCGAGUUGGUUUUAUUUAUUUUAUUUAGGUUUUUCAAAGUUGAAACAUGAGUUUACUCAACCAGUCUGCAUCGCCAAGAUUGUUGGAUCAUCUACCAACCAUGGCAAAUUCUCUACCAACCAUGGCAAAACCAAAACCGAAGAAAGUCACAAAACAUCCAUGCACACCGUUUUGUGACCCAAAAGUAGAAUGUCCAUUGAAACACCAUGAUCUUGUGUUGACAUUGAUGAAUUGUAAUGACUCUCCAGGGGCCAAGUCGAAUAUUUUGCAAUUUCAAAAAUGUGUUGUCAAGUGUAUAGAUGAAGGGUGGGAUAAAAAUGAUGUUGUUCCGGACCCAUCAGAAGAACUCAGAUUACCAUUAGUGCACUUAGCAUGUACUUUUGCAAAAUGUUUAGCUCUGGAGUGGUUGCUACAGUAUGACUUCAACCCAAAUGUAAAGUCAGAAACCACAGGACAGUUUGCUUUGCACCGUGCAAUGUGUGGAAUGUAUCGGUCGAAAAUGAAAGUUUCGGCAAAAGAACUUAUACCAAAACUGAACAGAAUGAUGACUGCUAUGCCAAAACAGUUGAUGUUCCAUGAUGAGAUUAAUGGAGACACUCCACUUCAUAUGGCAGCUAAUCUGUUAACUAGUUUAGACUCAAAAUCUCAAUAUUUUCAGGUAGGUAUAUUUUCCAUCAUCACCCUCCCCAGCUGAAAUUGCCUUAUUACACAAUAUUACUUUGGUUUGAUCCUUAUGGCAUAUACCUGAGUAGAGGUUUAUUGGAAACUACUGGUGAUUAGGACACUUAUUCCAAAGAAAAAGUAUGUGGCAACAAUAUUACAGCACUAUCAAGUUACUCGAUUCAGCUAUGCCACAUAGGGAUGAAAGAUCGAGGACACAUUAAUAUAUGCAAAAAGCAAGAUGUGGAAACAAAGGAGGAAAAAUUUCGAUUCAUUAUAACAAGUUGAUCCUAGUUUAAUUUGACAUCUUCACUUCCAAGGGAGCUUCAUUAAAAUUACACAACUGAAGGUCACAUUUGGAUGGGAGAUCAUUCUGAAUCCACCUGGUUGUUUGGUAUUUAGGAUUUGGAUCUUGUAUUAGGUUCCACUUUAACAUUAUGAAUUUCACACAAUAAACAUCAGAACACUACAGGGCAAUUGGCUGUGAUAUGCCCUUUUGAAUUCUCCAAGAAGUUCUGCAUCCAGCAGGAUUAACCACUCUUCCAUGGUAUAUAUAUAUAUUAACAUGUCCAACUAGCUGAACUAUCUUCAGUGGCCAAGAUGGAAUUGGAUCAGAUUUCCCACCACAGAUCAUGAUUUAGAAAUGUUCCUGGAUGCCUGGCAAUAUUGAGUUGUCUAAUGGAUGGACUUCACCUAACACUAAAACAACCAAGAUUAAUGCAGAAUUUGAUCACCAAAUAAACAAACAAGUAGGAACUACCAAAUGGAUUUGUUGGAAGUGAUCAAAAUCUACCAGUAUCCACUCAUGAAUGAAAGAAAUUGGGAAGUAAUUUUUAGAACUGAAAAGCUUGGAAUGGUUUUAUGCACAUUUCUUAGAUCUCUUUGCCUCGUGUGACUUCUGUUGCAACCAUACCUGUCAUUGAAAUUUUCUGCCAUCACAUGCAGCUAACAGUUCCUGCAGUUUUGGAAUUAAUUAAAAACUUAUAUUUUUCAGAGCUGUAUUGAAGCAAUAGCCAAGGCAGCCUGCAAAAUGGAAUCUCCUUCAAACACCAUCUUGGAUGCUAUCAAUUACGAAGGCAGAACAGCUCUGCACUUGCUGGCAGCAUCUAACAGAAAGGUUGGCUCCGGUUUAAAUGGUUGUAUGUGUUGCAUAAGCUAGACCUCUUUUCUGGUCAUUGAUACUCUUCUGGUCCCCCAAAUUCUCCCUGUUUACCUUGGAGUGUCUAUCCUUCUAAGGCCGCUUUUACACUAUAACGCUACGGCUAGUAUUCCGUUAUAACUGGCUUGCCGUAGCGUAGCAACUACGUCUAUGGACCACUACACUUGGCACUUUUAAGUCCGUAUUAAUAUACGCUAUGGUAAAUAUAGUUCCAAUAUAGAUGCCAAUUAAUACGCUACGGUAAAUAUAGUUCAGUGGUGUAAACCAAUCUCGUUCCCCGAGCCUGCGAUCCUCGGGAAGGAACACGAGGCUCUGGGAUAAUCCGUUGCCGGAAGCCAGGAAUCCUGGCUAAGAUUGAACUGCGCAUUCAUUUUAACGGCCAAUCAGAUUCCUCCCUGAAACGAAUUAUCCCAGAUCCUCGCGUUCCUUCCCGAGGAUCGCAGGCUCGGGGAACGAGAUUGAGUGUAAACACGGCCUAAAAAACGUAGUGAAUUUUAAACGGAAUGCUAUUCGUAGCGUUCUAGUAGGGAGUUUAAGCUUCACGUUUCCGGGAACGGCAGGUUCAAACUUUCUUGGCAAAAUUUUCGUUGAACGUUUUCGUUUCAUAUUUUUUUUCUUGCGUCGAAAGAAUAAUUAUGUUCACUUACUCUUUAUUGCUUGGUACUGGAAAAUCUUUCUUUGCCUGGCGUUUGCCAUAACGCGAAGCUUAAAUUCUCUACUAGUGUAAACGCGCGCGGCCUUAAACUUAUCCAUAAUCCACAAUUAAGUAAUCACACAGCAUGUGGUACAACUUUAUUUCAGGUUGAGUUUUGUGCAAGUGCGAUACGUGCUUUAGUAUCAGCAGGAGCUGACAAGACUAUCAGGGACAACGGUGGCGAGACAGCAUUAGAUAUUGCAUUUGCUGCAGGUGUGCAAAAUAUUGUCCACGAACUUCUAAGGGUAAGUAAUACAAGGGUAAAUUAGCGGAUUUACACCGAAUUGGGCGUUGUUUAGGUUCGGCCGUACACGCCAUCCCGCGUCCCGAAAAACUUACCACUUCUGGGGAGUCGUUUAAGGACGUUUUCCAAUAAGAACGCUUGGUUCUCACUGGACGGGCGACCCAAGCAGCCGCGCGUACAAGAGAAGUUGCACGUAGUUCAACUUUCAUGCCGCAAACACAGAAGGGGACCAAACAAUAUGAUCCUAGGUACAUACUGCAUGUUUAACACGUUCUCUCGUUCUGCGCGAGCAUAGCGAUCGUAAUGAAACAGGCCUAUACUUUCAGAACGGUGAGCAAGCGGGUUUGGGUUUCUACUCGGAGUUGGAUCAAGAACACGAGAAUUCAGCGUCAGUGGCUACUAAUCUGUUUCCUUCACCCAGUCGAACUGACGAUAGUGAUACAAACUGGAGUGAGAGAGCCAGUUCACGAUCUUCCAACACACCAGCCGUCAUUGAUCACACGCCAUUGGCAAUCACGACGUGGAAGGGAAUCAAACGAGAGACGAUUUCCGAAACAGAGGUAAAUGUGAUUCUGAGUCCAAGCGCCAUCGGACACUUUAUGCCAUUCUUGGUGUACACUUGACGUCAUGGCGGCCAUGUUGGAUAAACGAUAAUUAGCAGCCAUUGUAUUUGUAGCGUAUUUUCCUCCAGCCAGAGUACUUACAGUUUCUAGCUCCCCCCAACCUGUCCUUGGUUCACAGACAAUGUACUUAUUCUAAGUUAUAGUCCUAUUAAUUUCCCACAGGAGAAUUGCAGUUCACCGUGCGUAUGUAGUCCAACGGAAGUAGACGCCCUCGCAGAAGGAGGUACGUCUGGAAUAUUUCUCCAACUUGUCAUGAUCACAAAAAUCGCUCGAGGGUGAGGUAACUGUCACCCGUCAACCGCGUACCCAGGCUCUUUCCACCACGCUCCUCGAAAGAGCCUGGAUACGAGGUUGGUCACCAGUAUGAUUGUAAGAAUCUGUAGUUGCGUCAUUCUAAAGUGUGGCGAGCUUUAACAGAUCCACAGAAGAAUGCAUGCAGUGCGGAUAACUGAUUGAAAACACGUUUGGGAAUUGGAACACGUCUGCAGCCACUCGUUACAAGACUUAAACACUCCUCGGCCCACUUGUUACAAGACUUAAACACUCCUCGGCCUUUCGAGCAACGGCCCAUUAGUUCGGCCUGCCUUGGAAGGGCCAUCGCGCUGACAUGCAUGGGCACUCGAAACUCGUAGUUCUUCUCUUUUUAGAUUCAAUGGCUGACGUGUUACUGUAACAUGGCUGAACUCCCACGUUAAACAUUUUUUACCUUCUUUUCAUAGCUUCUUCAAGUUCUCCAGCUGUGUUAAAGUACCUCGGAGAUGCUGGUUUAUUGAGUGAUGUCUCGGCACUUGUUGCCAGAGCGAGAGCACAAGACGAAGCAAACAUGAGGAAAAUAGAAAGUAGAGCAACUGGUAAAACAAUUAUAUAGUUUACAUUAAAAAACUUAACCCGGGUUGACCUGGUUGGUUUACAUUAAAAAACUUAACCCGGGUUGACCUGGUUGGUCGUAGAAUAAGUAAGAGUAGAUUAGUCUUUUGAUACCAAAAACACUUUUAAGGAUACGCGCUUUCGCGCGAUGAUGCAGGCGCCAUGUUGGUUAACUGGUAGAAAAUAACUUAACAUACAUGGCCGCCAUUAAAACGCUUUAUACUUACGUUUCCGUUACAUUUCGUAGAAAUCGACAUUCAAAUCAAGAACAAGGAACAUUGUAUCCAGAAGAUGAAACAAGACUUGAACUCUCUCAAAAAUAAACGAAAAGAAUGCGAUGGGGACUUCGAACGGCUAAGGAAGAGAAUGCAUUCUUGUGAAAAUGCCAUGAAAGAAUUACCAAAUUUAUCAAAUUGAGACAAACGAACUGAAAUAAAAUGUUGUGUUAUAUUUUAUGAGAGCAGGGCUCCAAACACUUCACCAUCGUCUAUUGACGCUCGACGAUUUUACUCCUCAAAAGGAAAGUCCCUCUCCUUUGUAGUCGCUUCCUGAUUUGGGUAAAUAAACCUAGUCUGACUCAGUGAUUAUGACUGUUGCCACACAAUUCACUCACAUAUACAGCUAUUUCAUUUAAGGUUGCCCCCCGAGCAAAGCGGAAAAGUCGAAUACGAGCGCGAAAGGCUGCUGGGAAUCGCUAAUAAAUUCAUUCAUUUAUUAGCGAUUCCCAGCAGCCUUUCGCGCUCGUAUUCGACUUUUCCUCUUUGCUCGGGGGACAACCUUAAAUGAAAUAGCUGUAUACAGUUUAAGUGCUCUCAGCGGUAGCUUGGCAUGUAAGUUAUCAGGGCUGCCGAGAGGUGGGACCGGGACAAAAUGCCCCUCCCCCCUGCCGCUGCAAGUUUCCCAAAAAUGUGAAUUGGGUAGCAACGAAUGUAAACAGCUAAUCAGGUAGAAGUGCGGAUGGAAAUAUUUUGAUCCCAUUUGGUACUGUAGAAUGACUGGGCAAUAAAUAUGGGUGUUUGAAUUCUUUAUAUUAAGUACAGUUAACAUAUAUGUAGUUUAUGCAGAACUGAAGUGUUGGCAAACUAGUGCCUUACAUAAAUUGUACAUAAUAAAGUUUAUUUCCGUAUGGAAAUGUUGUGCGAGAGUCCGUGUACUUUAUUUAAACCACGACAUUCAGUCGGCAUUUUCAAAGUUGAACAAUAAUUUGUAUCAUAUUUUGAAAUUUGAACUGAGAAUGACCAUUGCUCUUUUGCAGUCAAUACCUACAGCGAUAGCUUGCCAAACUCGAAAACCAUGUUGGUAUCACCAACGACAUAUGCAUGAGAAUUCUUAAAGUAGGUCUUUUAGUUAAAAUCUUACUUACCCGUCCCAGUUAGGUGACUUCUGCUAAUUUUAUGAAAAUUAAGUGAAACUGAAUAUGAAUGGUUGUAAAACUUUUAUCUCUAUACCUACCAUUAUGAGUUUUCACCAAUGCCAAAUUCUGUUUAUUAGGAAGCUCGCUCGAUUUCAAAUCAAAUGCGUAGUCGGAGAAUAGAGUCCGGCUUGUGUAUAACAUGUUGAAAAUACUGUGCGCCAUUUUCUCGCAUGAAGUCUUUAAAUGUUAACGUCUUUGAUCUUAUAUAAAUGUAUUAUAUUCUCAAAACGAAAGAGCACCGCGCUCGACUAUUUUACAUUGUAACAACGUUCACAAAAUAUACACAAAAUACUUAACUACUGAUCAACCUGAACCAAGGCAGGGAAGGUGCGCAUGCGUAAUCGCUCAACUUCGGCUCUUAAUAUGGCUACCUCCUGUGCUUGGGCUUUCGCCAAGUCGACCAGCCUACGACGAGCUACGAUAUUCUUGAGUCGGCGUUCACUGUUAGCUUCUGCCUGGUUUUCAGC